AUGAAAAAAUAAUUCAUAAUACUUGCUUUGUUAGGCAUAUUUGCUUUAGCCUAACAAGAAUGCCCUGAAAAUAGUUUCUUAAAAUCAGAGAAAUGCUAUUGUAAAGAAGGAUACUAUGGUGUAAGUGCUGAUAAAUGUGUUUAAUGCCCAGAUAAUACCAAUUCUACUCCUGGUUAUUAUAACACCCGUCCUGAUUCUACAGUUGCAGAUUGUAAUACAUGUUAAUAUAACUACUAUGUUACAGUAAAAGGAACUAAGCAAUCACCUGCUACUUGCACUUAAUGCCCUGAGCAUUCCAUGACUACAUAUGCGACAAGAGGAAUAAAUGUCACAACUGAAGAUAAAGCUUGCUUGGAAUGUGAAGAUGGUUACUAUUGGAAUAAUAAAGAUGGUAAAAAAGUUUGCCUUCCUUGUGGAAGCGAGGGUGCUGCUCCUUUAGAUAAGCAAACAGCAGGAAAAGAUGCAUCAUUCUGUAAAAUGUGCAAAGAAGGUUACUUUAUGACUAAAGCUGCAGACCCAGUAACUGGUUAAGCAGCUUAAUGCUCAAAAUGCCCAGAAAAAUCUGGUUCUGGUCCAUAAAGAGAAGUAGGAUCAAUUGCAAAUUGCGGUUGUAUCGAUAGCUUAGCCGAUAAAUUAUCAGAUACCGUUCAAAGUUGUGUUUGUAAAGCAGGUUAUACUGGGUAAGCAUCUAAUGAUAGAUAUAAAUCAGGAUGUGAACCAGCAUGCGCUGAUAAUGCCUCCAAAUAUGAUGGUAGAUGUGCUUGCAAUAAAGGAUAUUAUGGAAAGAGUGCUAAUUAUGGAGAUAUAUGCGAAAAAUGUCCUGAACUUACUACCUCUAAUCAAUGUCAUGGUUGUAAUACUGGUGAAAAAGCAAACCUUAAUAGUUGCUAUUAAUGUAUUGAAAAUUACUAUGUUUCAGAAGUUGCUGGUGAGACUAGUUCUAAUCAACAUGCUGCAACAUGCAAACCUUGUCCUGAAAAUUCUUAUAAUAAAGAAGGCGCAAUGGGUUCUUGUUAAUGUUUUGAUUAAUUUGCUGAAAAAUUAAAUUACAGCAGUACAAAAUGUGAAUGCAAGUACGGAUAUACAGGAAAUCCAGCAACAAAAAAGGGUGAAAUUGGAUGUGUUAAGAAAGGAUCAUCUAGCUCAGGUUCAUCAGGUAGUAACAGUAAUUCUGGAUCUUAAGGUAAUAGUAGUAACACUAAUUCUGGAUCUUCAGGUAAUAGUAGUAACACUAAUUCUGGAUCUUCAGGUAAUAGUAGUAACACUAAUUCUGGAUCUUCAGGUAGCAAUGAAAAUUCAGAAAAGAAAGAUAAGGAAACUUCAGAAUCCUAAAGUAUUAAUGUUAGUACAAAUUCUGCAAAUCUUAAAAUUUUAGCACUUAUGAUGCUAUUAGCUAUCUUAAUUUGA